AGACCUCCUCCUCCUCACUAAUCCCGAUCCCGAUCUCCCCCUUCCUUCCCUACACCGAAAGCCCGAAACCCACCUUGCCUCGCCUCGCCUCGCCGGAUCCAGAUCUCCACCGCCUCGCCUCGCCGCGCCGCCACCAACCCACUCGCCGUCGCCGUCGCCGGCGGCGGAUCGGCCCCACAUCACCUCGGCCUCCCCGAGCAAACCGGCGGGGGACGCCCCCGGGCAACGGGCGGGCGAAGAGGGGCGCAAUGGAGCAGCUGCGGACGAUCGGGCGGGAGCUGGCGAUGGGGUCGCAGGGAGGGUGGGGGCAGUCGAAGGAGUUCCUCGACCUUGUCAAGUCCAUCGGCGAGGCGCGGUCCAAGGCGGAGGAGGACCGGAUCAUCUCGCGGGAGCUGGAUCACCUCAAGCGCCGCCUCGCCGACCCCGACGUGCCCCGCCGGAAGAUGAAGGAGCUCCUCCUCCGCCUCGUCUACGCCGAGAUGCUCGGCCACGACGCCUCCUUCGGCCACAUCCACGCCGUCAAGAUGACCCACGACGAGUCCCUCCCGCUCAAGCGCACGGGCUACCUCGCCGUCUCCCUCUUCCUCGACGAGCGCCACGACCUCGUCAUCCUCGUCGUCAACACCAUACAGAAGGACCUCAGGUCCGACAACUACCUCGUCGUCUGCGCCGCGCUCACCGCCGCCUGCCGCCUCAUCGGGGAGGAGGCCAUCCCGGCCGUGCUGCCCCAGGUCGUCGAGCUGCUCGCGCAUCCCAAGGAGGCCGUGCGGAAGAAGGCCGUCAUGGCGCUCCACCGAUUCUACCAGCGAUCCCCCUCAUCCGUCUCUCACCUUGUCUCCAACUUCCGCAAGAGGCUCUGUGAUAAUGAUCCUGGGGUCAUGGGUGCAACUUUAUGCCCCCUCUAUGACCUGAUUUUGGAAGAUCCAAAUUCGUACAAGGAUUUGGUUGUUAGUUUUGUUAACAUCCUCAAACAAGUUGCAGAGAGGAGGCUUCCAACUUCCUAUGAUUACCACCAAAUGCCUGCACCAUUUAUUCAGAUUAAACUAUUGAAAAUACUUGCGGUGCUGGGUAGCGGUGAUAAGCAGGCAAGUGGAAAUAUGUACAUGGUCUUGGGUGACAUAUUCAGGAAGGGUGACACUGCAAGCAACAUUGGCAAUGCAAUAUUGUAUGAGUGCAUAUGCUGUAUUUCAUCCAUAUUCCCGAACGCUAAGAUGCUUGAUGCUGCAGCUGAAACAACAUCAAAGUUUCUGAAGAGUGAUAGCCAUAAUCUUAAGUACAUGGGCAUUGAUGCUCUUGGCCGGUUAAUUAAAAUAAAUCCAGAUAUCGCAGAAGAGCACCAGCUGGCUGUUAUUGAUUGCUUAGAGGAUCCUGAUGACACUUUGAAACGCAAGACCUUCGAGCUUCUUUACAAGAUGACAAAAUCAACAAAUGUUGAAGUGAUUGUUGAUCGAAUGAUUGAGUAUAUGAUUAACAUCACUGAUCACCAUUACAAGACAGAAAUUGCAUCUCGUUGUGUUGAGCUAGCAGAACAAUUUGCACCUAGCAAUCAGUGGUUCAUCCAGACCAUGAACAAAGUCUUUGAGCAUGCUGGAGAUCUUGUCAACAUCCGAGUUGCACAUAAUUUAAUGCGACUUAUUGCUGAAGGCUUUGGAGAGGAGGAUGAAGGUGCUGAUAGCCAACUAAGAUCGUCAGCUGUAGAUUCCUAUCUACGGAUUGUUGGGGAGCCAAAGCUUCCUUCUUCGUUUCUGCAGAUAAUAUGCUGGGUUUUGGGAGAAUAUGGAACAGCAGAUGGGAAAUAUUCAGCUUCAUAUAUUAUUGGGAAGCUGUAUGAUGUGGCAGAGGCCCACCCAACUGAUGACACUGUCAGGGCUUAUGCAAUCUCCGCAAUUUUGAAGAUCUUUGCGUUUGAAAUCGCUCUUGGAAGGAAGAUCGAUAUGCUACCCGAGUGCCAAUCGUUGAUAGAUGAAUUGUCAGCUUCGCAUUCAACAGACUUGCAGCAGCGUGCAUAUGAGCUACAGGCUUUGCUAGGUUUGGACAAACAGGCUGUUGAGAAUGUAAUGCCAGCCGAUGCAAGCUGCGAAGAUAUUGAGAUCGACAGAAACCUCUCGUUUCUAAAUGGUUAUGUGCAGCAAGCCAUUGAAAAUGGUGCUGCACCCUACAUUCCUGAGAGUGAACGCUCAGGAGUGGUAAGUGUUGGCAACUACAAGGCCCAGGAUCAACAAGAGACAUCUGCCCAUGCUCUUAGAUUCGAGGCCUAUGAGCUACCUCCAGCAGCUUCACAGGCCAGUAUUUCCCCAACUACUGACCUGGUUCCAGUUCCAGAACCAAGCUACUAUAAGGAAGAUCACCAAAUGUCAAGAUCCCAGCCAUCAGGCGAUUCUCUUUCUGGUGAAUUUGGUCUCAAACUUCGUCUUGAUGGAGUUCAGAAGAAAUGGGGGAGACCAGCCUAUUCCUCCUCAUCUACGCCUUCAAGUUCAACAUCUAGUCAACAAGCAACCAAUGGAGGCGUUAGUUCUGAGGUGGGAGGGUCAACAAGUUCACAGGCUCGGGAAUCCACAUAUGGUUCCAAGAGACAGCAGGCCACUGAAGUUUCAGCGGAAAAGCAACGGUUGGCUGCUUCACUCUUUGGUAAAGCUGAUAGGAAGACCCAGGCUGGGCGAAAGACAGCAAAGGAGAGUUCCUCAACUGAGAAAGUAGCUACUGCUAAUGCAACACCGCAGCCAGCCAAAGAGCAAGUAAUCCCUUCUGCCCCACCACCUGAUCUUCUGGAUCUGGGAGAGCCAGUUUCAUCAAGUCCUCCAUUAGCUGAUCCUUUCACACAGUUAGAAGGUCUUCUCGGACCAGCAUCAGCCUCUCCUGUGGUUUCUGAAACCCCAGCUUCGAGCACUUCGAAAACACCAGAUCUUAUGUCAAUCUUUUCGGAUGAUGUACAAACUGGAGUGACCAGUGGAUCCACAGAACCAUCACUCGGGGUAAAUGUGGUCGCUGCAAAGAAGGGCCCUAGCCUUCAAGAUGCCUUGCAGAAGGACGCAGCGGCCCGGCAAGUUGGUGUGACGCCGACAGGGAACAACCCUAUUCUAUUCAAGGACUUGUUAGGCUAGAAUAUACAGCAUAUGUUCAGCGUGCUCAAAUUGGGUAAGUGGAGUUUGCCUCCAAGAUGGUCUUGAUUGCCUGAUCGGUGAACCAGUAAUGAAUGAUGCUGUUCGAUCAGCACAGGGCACAUGAGGGCAUGAGGUAAAUUUGGUUUUGAUUCACAGGACACGACCUUUUACCCUCCCAAUUGGGAGAAGGUAGGUUUGGGAUGAGAUGUGGAUGGUUGCGGGUCUUUUUCCUGUUGCGUUUUUCACAUGGUAAUUUCUUGUCGAGACUUAGUGUACAUGUGUUUAUUACAUGAUGUGUAAUUUGUACAUGAUGAGACCGUGGUCCAGAAGCGUGUGCCGGCGCUUUUUUUCGGUUCAUCUGGCAGGGAGUAUAUGUUUUGAGAUUUACCCACAUUGGAUAUACAGUAGCUGCUGGGCACUAGAAACUCGGUUGCCACUUCCUCUGAAACUGGCUGGAAUAAUAAAAUGUAAGUUUUUUCUUCCCCUUACGCUUUCAUGUUUGGCGAUACGAUUCCCUUUCCAAAGAUGGAUUAAAUCAGCCA